UUGGCCGACGACCAUGAUUCUUGGGAGAGGGCAUAGGUGAAAGGAUAUGGCAUUGUUCGUUAUGCUACGCUGCGCUGCAUCCUAGACACCAACACGGCCACACGUAUUGACACGGAGGGCAUCAUGGAGCACCCCUGGUUCUUCCAUGGUGUGAGCGACGGAGGCGAGCAGGAGCAACUGAUGCGCGGCCACAAGGAGGCGGCGUGGUUCAAUACGGAGUUCGAGGAGGACAUGGCCCGGGCCAUGACCGCGUUCGACAUCAUGGCAUUCUCGCCCGGGUCGGACCUCUCUGGGAUGUUCGGCGCCGGGCCGGGCACGGAGCGGGUGUUCGUGGGCGAGCCCGCCACUAUCAUGCUGGCCCGGGUCGAGGAAGCCGGGAAGAAGCGAGGGCACCGCGUGAGGAGGGAAGGCUACCACGCCGGGCCGGUGUACGUGGAGGCGGCGGCCGGCGGCAUUGUUGCCAAGGUGACUGUGUUUAGGAUCGCUGAUGCAAUGUCAGUGGUCGAGGUCGUGAAGGGCCACGACACGGAGGCUGCGGCGUUCUGGAAGGACUGGCUCGAGCCGGUCGUGAAGCCUCGGAUAGUGUGAAAACCUACUGAGUGCAAGCCGGGUAUCAUCUCGCCUCGCCGUGCUGCCGCCACGGGACGUGCAUCGAGAUUUUUUAUGGGGGUAAAAAGAGUUUUAUUUCAAGAUGAUAGAGUUACAUUUGAGAGGCAAGAAAAUUUCCAACACACGGGGACCCUCUAUAUAGCCAGACAACUGUUGUUUUUCUUCGGAUUUCUUUUCUUCGGGUUGUGU